UUGAUAAUGUUCAAGCGUCAGCACAAAACAUUCGGUGAAAUAUGAAAGUUAUUGUUAUCGUUUUAACUUUCAGCGCGUUCCUGUAUUGCCCAAUUGUUUGCUUCCAACAACAAAUGGAUCAGAACUCCCGAAAUGCUCAGAAUUCCCACUACGAUUCCGGAGUAAAUUUUCCAUUUCGAGAAGACGGUCACGAUCUCGGAACAACGAAGAACCGAAUAUCGUUGGGUGUGUUGGAUGAUCUAAGUACCUUCAGUGAUGCUGAUUUUGCCGAAGCUUUGUCGAAACUAUCGGACCACGAGCUAGAUAAGCUCACAAAAUUGAUGGAGGACGAAGAAGGAUCGUAUGUUGCCAUAGCUAAGAGAGAAAACGAUUAUACAGAGACUGACCCAAUGGCUGAGAUAUCAGACAAUGAUCAGAUUGCAUCUUUUAAAUCAUGGUUUUCAAGAGGAAACCCAACGAAAAGCACUGUAAAACCGACUACAAUUACUACGAGAACUACUAGGAGAACUACGACGGUACGCCUAAGGAAACCAAGAAAGAAAAUAACUCGAGUUCAACAAACCGGAGGUAAACAAACAGGCAAAAUAUUCUCCGACAGCAAAGACAUCCUGAAAUACGGCAGCGAUCGAGACACCAAGAAGGCAAUCGAUCAGAACGUUCGGGCCAGGAUCAGCUAUCUGAAGAGUAAAAUGCAAAAGCGAAUGGUGCCAAUCAAUUCUUCGCUGAAUCGAUUCGCGUCAUCAACUCUACGUCAAAAACGGGACCUGCAUCAAUUGUUUGGCGAAACGGGAUUGUCCGGAAAGCUGGAGGAUUCCUUUCCGAAUCCGAACCAAGCGACAGCACAGUUCCACAGCCCCUUGGAACCGUUGGUGCGAGUUAAAAGACAACCGGAUUGAAU